CGCGCUCCUCCAGGAGAUGGGAGAGGAUGUCACAGGCGGUCCAGGCGCCUUCGCAACUCUUCUCUCCCAGCACCAGGAGAGAAAACGCGAGUGAUGCCACUGGGGGAAAAUGUCUCCUGCCAACACCCGAAAAAUGUAACCUGGCGUCGGCAGUGUUUUGCUUUGGAAGUGAGAGCGGGUUCCCUUUCUGGCCUCCGGAUCCCUCAUCCGGCAGGAAGCUCUUCCUCCUCCUCCUCGCCCCCAGGAAACGGGGUGAAAGCCAAAGAGCCUCCAAGACCUGAGGCUAGCGCUCCGCCGGCCGGCCGCGCCCUCCACCCAACCAGGCCCCGCCUCUCUGGCUUUCUAGUAACCGGCGCCCUUCCCGGCCGGGGCAGGGAACCGGGCGCCUGCAAAGCCAGGUUUCAGCCCAAGGGAGCGGGAGUCUUUUCGGGCGUCCGGGAUCCCCUGGCGCGGCCGCGCGCUGCCUAACGGGGAAAGUCGCAUGCGCAUCGAGCCGCGCCGGGGAAAGGGAGAGUGAGGGGAGGGGCGAGCGCAGAGCCUCCGCUGGCUGUCGGAGCCCGCCGGGUCGCAGACGACGCAUGCGCCGGGAGGGGGCGCAAUCACCGACUCUGCCUGCGGCUGCCGGUUUAAAAAAGGAAACCCCGGAGAGCGAGAGCGCGAAGGAAAUCUGGCCGCCGCCGCGAGCGCUCCCGGUACUGUUCAAUUUGCUGGGGAACAAAGGAGAUGUAAAAGCCCUGCCUUUGAGGAGCUUACUUGCUAACUGAAGAAACCAGCUGCUGAAACUCAGAAGCUGAUUGUGUUACAUUGUAAGAUGCCUUUGGAUAAUUCUACAGUCCUCUUAGAUGAAUCUUUAGAACUUGGCGAGUUUCGCUAGAUACCUUCAAUCAUCAUUUUGAGCUCAAAGAAUUCUGAAACUUAACGGUUGAUCAUAUAGAAGAGUACCUUGAACCUAUAGUUUCCUGAAGAAUCAGUUUAAAAGAUCCAAAGAGUACAAAAGGAAAGUACAAAUGUCUACCACAAGACGAAAACGUAGUAUGUUAUGUUGUUUACCAUAAGCUGUGGUAAAAUGAGCUCGAUUGUUGACAGAGAUGACAGUAGUAUUUUUGAUGGGUUGGUGGAAGAAGAUGACAAGGACAAAGCAAAAAGAGUAUCUAGAAACAAAUCUGAAAAGAAACGUAGAGAUCAGUUUAAUGUUCUCAUUAAAGAACUGGGAUCCAUGCUUCCUGGUAAUGCUAGAAAGAUGGACAAAUCUACUGUUCUGCAGAAAAGCAUUGAUUUUUUACGAAAACAUAAAGAAAUCACUGCACAGUCAGAUGCUAGUGAAAUUCGACAGGACUGGAAACCUACAUUCCUUAGUAAUGAAGAGUUUACACAAUUAAUGUUAGAGGCUCUUGAUGGUUUUUUUUUAGCAAUCAUGACAGAUGGAAGCAUAAUAUAUGUGUCCGAGAGUGUAACUUCAUUACUUGAACAUUUACCAUCUGAUCUUGUGGAUCAAAGUAUAUUUAAUUUUAUCCCAGAAGGGGAACAUUCAGAGGUUUAUAAAAUACUCUCUACUCAUCUGCUGGAAAGUGAUUCAUUAACCCCAGAGUAUUUAAAAUCAAAAAAUCAAUUAGAGUUCUGUUGUCAUAUGCUCCGAGGAACAAUAGACCCAAAGGAGCCAUCUACCUAUGAAUAUGUAAAAUUUAUAGGAAAUUUCAAAUCUUUAAACAGUGUAUCCUCUUCAGCACACAAUGGUUUUGAAGGAACUAUACAACGCACACAUAGGCCAUCUUAUGAAGAUAGAGUUUGUUUUGUAGCUACUGUCAGGUUAGCUACACCACAGUUCAUUAAGGAAAUGUGCACUGUUGAAGAACCCAAUGAAGAGUUUACAUCUAGACAUAGUUUAGAAUGGAAGUUUCUGUUUCUAGAUCACAGGGCACCACCCAUAAUAGGAUAUUUGCCAUUUGAAGUUCUAGGAACAUCAGGCUAUGAUUACUAUCAUGUGGAUGACCUAGAAAAUUUGGCAAAAUGUCAUGAGCACUUGAUGCAAUAUGGGAAAGGUAAAUCAUGUUACUAUAGAUUCCUGACUAAAGGGCAACAGUGGAUUUGGCUUCAAACUCAUUAUUAUAUCACUUAUCAUCAGUGGAAUUCAAGGCCAGAGUUUAUUGUUUGUACUCACACUGUAGUAAGUUAUGCAGAAGUUAGGGCUGAAAGACGACGAGAACUUGGCAUUGAAGAGUCUCUUCCUGAGGCAGCUGCUGACAAAAGCCAAGAUUCUGGGUCAGAUAAUCGUAUAAACACAGUCAGUCUGAAGGAAGCAUUGGAAAGGUUUGAUCACAGCCCAACCCCUUCUGCUUCUUCUCGGAGCUCAAGAAAAUCAUCUCACACAGCAGUCUCAGACCCUUCCUCAACACCAACCAAGAUCCCGACAGAUACGAGCACUCCACCCAGGCAGCAUUUACCAGCUCAUGAGAAGAUGGUGCAAAGAAGGUCAUCGUUUAGUAGUCAGUCCAUAAAUUCCCAGUCUGUUGGUUCAUCAUUAACACAGCCAGUGAUGUCUCAAGCUACAAAUUUACCAAUUCCACAAGGCAUGUCCCAGUUUCAGUUUUCAGCUCAAUUAGGAGCCAUGCAGCAUCUGAAAGACCAACUGGAACAACGGACACGCAUGAUAGAAGCAAAUAUUCAUCGGCAACAAGAAGAAUUAAGGAAAAUUCAAGAACAGCUUCAGAUGGUCCAUGGUCAGGGGCUGCAGAUGUUUUUGCAACAGUCAAAUCCUGGGUUGAAUUUUAGUUCUGUUCAACUUUCUUCUGGAAAUUCAUCUAACAUCCAGCAACUUGCACCUAUAAACAUGCAAGGCCAGGUUGUUCCUUCUAACCAGAUUCAAAGUGGAAUGAAUACUGGACAUAUUGGCACAACUCAGCACAUGAUACAACAACAGACUUUGCAGAGUACAUCAACUCAGAGUCAACAGAAUGUUCUGAGUGGGCAUAGUCAGCAAACAUCUCUACCCAGUCAGACACAGAGCACUCUUACAGCCCCACUGUAUAACACUAUGGUGAUUUCUCAGCCUGCCGCUGGAAGCAUGGUCCAGAUUCCAUCCAGUAUGCCACAAAACAGCACCCAGAGUGCUGCCGUAACUACGUUCACUCAGGACAGGCAGAUAAGAUUUUCUCAAGGUCAACAACUUGUGACCAAAUUAGUGACUGCUCCUGUAGCUUGUGGGGCAGUCAUGGUACCUAGUACUAUGCUCAUGGGCCAGGUGGUGACUGCAUAUCCUACUUUUGCUACACAACAGCAACAGUCACAGACAUUGUCAGUAACACAGCAGCAGCAGCAGAGCUCCCAGGAGCAGCAGCUCACUUCAGUUCAGCAACCAUCUCAGGCUCAGCUGACCCAGCCACCGCAACAGUUUUUACAGACUUCUAGGUUGCUCCAUGGGAAUCCCUCAACUCAGCUCAUCCUCUCUGCUGCAUUUCCUCUACAACAGAGCACCUUCCCUCAGUCACAUCACCAGCAACAUCAGUCUCAGCAACAGCAGCAACUCAACCGGCACAGAACUGACAGCUUGCCCGACCCUUCCAAGGUUCAACCACAGUAGCACAUGCACUUCCUCUCUGACAUCAAGGGAGGAAAGGGAUGGCCCAUUAAGAGUUACUCAAAUGACCUGAGGAAAAGAGGAAAAGUUCCAGCAGUUUCAUGAGAUGCAGUAUUGAGUGUUCUAGUUCCUGGAAUUAGUUCGCAGAGAAAUGCUGCCUAGUGCUACAGAUGUACAUUAAAUACCAGCCAGCAGGAGGUAAUCAUAGGGGCAUAGCCAAUUCUGACAGUGUUUUAGUUGCCCGGAUAUUUUUUGAUGGAAAAAGAAUAUAUUGCCAAAUGUUAAGCUCAGCUAUGAAAUGACCUCCAGUGAAUCAGAAAGGCACUAACAAUGUUAGUAACUUUUAGUGGUUCUGUGCCUCUUAUCAAGUGUUAGAGAGGACAUACCACUGCCAUGUCAGGGGUUUGCUUACAAUGAUGCCAUGAAGACAGUCCAGUAGACUUGGUAGCUACCCCCUCCCCAAACCUUCCCCCUUUUCAGAUAAUGAUGGAGCAGUAAUUACUUUCAGAAUGUUGUGUAGGUUCAAAUUCUCUAUGUACAGAUGAUGUAAAAAUAUGUGUAUGUCUGGAUAAAAGAAGAGAAAGCAAAACAUUUUGUAUGCUGCAUGAAAGCGUUAUCUCUUCCUUACAGGUAUGAGCACCUUUCCUGAGAUUCUGACACCAUGUGCAAACUGAUCCAUCCUCUGUUUUUCCUUUUGUUUACAACACAGUAGUGUUCUAUUCACUUUUCCGGGGCACAAGUUUUUUUGUUCAUACUUUGGCUGUGAUGUCACAGUUUGUUCAGUGAGGUAUGAUGUGCUGCUGGGAAUGGAUUUUUUUUUUUUCAGGUUAAAUUAUUGAUACAACAGGAUUUUCAAGUUAUUCAGAAAUAUCCCUCAUUUCAUUGUUUUUCAAUUAUGUUUGAAAAUAGGAUUUGCACUGCUUUAUUUUAGGUGGUUGGGAGUCUUGAUUGCAUAUUUUGAUAUAGUUCAUAGUUGGAAAUAUUUGUGUAAAUGGUUUUCAACAAGCCUGAAAGUAAUUUCAAGAAUGUUUCAGUUAUAGAGGUAAAAUUUGCACACAAAACAUCUUAGGCACUUUUUAACAUUCUCAAUCAUGGGAAUUUUAACUUUUGGGAUUUGUUGAAAUCUUUUUUAUUAUCCUUCACAAUUUCAAUGCUUCUUUUAGUCAGAAAUGAUUCAGGGUUAUUUGAGGGGAAAAAAACCCCAUAGUGCCUUGAUUUUAAUUCAGGUGAUAACUCACCAUCUUGAACUCAUUGUCUGGUUUCUGUAGCAGUUUUGAAACCUUAGUACAUUUUUAACAGCAUGUGGGUGUCAGUCGUCAUUAUUCUCCUAGUAAGUUCCUUUGAGGACUGCUAUCAGUCUCUUGGACUGGAGGUACAAAUAAUUUAGAAAUAAAAGAUGACAACCUAACACUGUCAUAGUUAUUAAUGUGAUCUUAAAAUUGUUUCCUAAAUCAGCAUUUUUCUUUAAAGUUAAAUAGUCAUUUAAGAAUUACCAGUAAAUAUUUGCUCAGUAUGAUCUUGAUAUUCCUACAAAGGAAAAAGAAGAGGUAGAUUUGGCUAUGCUUUCACAACAACACUAGAAUAUUGUAACUCACAUGCCUUCUAAACGUGAACUAAGAUUUCCUUUGGCAAUAUCAUAUUCUAAAAGUAAUAAAUUCUAAUACCAGUUACAUACGUUUUAAAGAGCAUUUUAUAGAUUUUAUGGUACUAAUAAAAUUUAUAGUGAUAGAACAAAAAAUUAGUAGAAAAUACCUUAUUAGAAUAUUAAAAAUGUUAUUACUGAGGAAAGGAAGGACAAGUGUAAUAAAUCAAAAUUGAUCUCAAAAGAAAAUGUAUAACAGAGUUUAGGUUGUUCAACAGAAAAGGUUCUGAAUGAUGAAAAUAACCUAAUGCAGAAUUGCUAGGUAAAGAGGUCAGGGGAACACUAAGCCAGUUCGCAGGACUUCUCUGUCCUCUGCUUUGCUGUUAUCCUUAAGGCAUACACUUUGUCUUUCUGCAGAAAAUUCUACCUGGCCACGAUUAAUUUGAACAUUAAUGUUGAAAAAGAAAAAAAACAAAGAAAAUUGCUACCUACCCUUCUACAAAAGUGUGACUAGAUACCAAUCAGUAAUUAACAUAUCAAGGAGCUCUUAGCUAAAUGACCAUCCAGUGGAGAUUUCCGACAUUCCCAUGAAUAUCAAGAAUAGUUGUCAGAAAAUGUAUGUAUGUGACCAUAUGCACGUAUAGACAAGGUGGAUGUUGUAGGAUAUGGCAAUAGCGUUUCUCUCCCCUUUCAAAUUGCCUUUCUUGACCUUAAGCCAUUCCAUAUAUAUCUGAGUUGUGCCUCAUUUGUUAAUUGGCAAUACCUAGUGAUAUGGAUUUAGCUAACAAAAGAUAUGAAAAACAAUUACAUUAAGGCCUGUCCUCUACAUAUUAUACUUAAAAAAACUGUGAGUACUACAUAGUUAGGUUGGCAGCAGCAAAGCGUAAGACAAGCCCCAGGUAAACAUAUAAACUGUUUACUCACGUUGUCCUACCCCAGCCCCUUCAAGUCUUUCCCAUCUCCGCAAAUAGUUGGGGGGAAAAAUUACAUUUUUCCUUUAUAAUUCUUACUGCUCUUCAUAGCUCAUCUUUUUUUCUGCUUGGAAUUAACCAUUGCUAAUUUAAAGGAGCAGCUAGCUGCUUUUCUGUCAGUCUGAAAUGGUGGAAAGCAGCCUCUUAAAUGCUGUUUGUUUUCCUCCUGCUUCUCUUAAAUUUGGGUUGCAAAGCUAUCCCCCCCCACCCCACCC